CCGUAGGUUACAGAUGAAAGGUAAGUACCAAUUAUUGGUACCACUGCUGCGAAAAAUUAACCAGGCAAGUAACGAAAGACGUCAAAAUGAAGGGGAAAUUAAACGAUUAUUGUCUGAGUUACAAGAAGCUCGAGCGAAACUAGCUAAUUCCCAUCAAUAUUUUAUUUCCCUCGUCCAACAAUUGGUCAUCAGUAAAGAAUCUUUGGACAAAGGUUUUAUAAGCGAAACUAAACCUUUCACUAAAACCAAAGUAGAAAUGUGCACAUCUACUCCUAUUAAAGGAAAAAACGACGUAAAUACUUGUGAUGACGGCACAGUAUCGAAUGUUACCACAGAAAAUGUAAACAUCGAUACAAAUAAGGACGUGCUGCUUAGUCAAACGUCUUCCGAAUCAAAUAAUAAAAAAGAUUUAAUCAAUCCAAGUAAUUUAGAACAUCCGCAAAAUUGUAUCGAUUUUGAAGCUAAUACAAAACAUGAAGAAAAUCAAUUAGAUAAUAACAGCGAUGUGCACAUAAGUAAAUGUUUAGCAAAUAUUAAUAUAUUGGAUCCAAAUGAUAUCGAAAAAAUUUUUAUUGAACAGGAAGGCGACGACAAACAGUUUAAUGAUUAUGUGUCCCCACUUGGGAGUUAUGAUAGGGAAAAAGUAGAUCCUCUAAAAGCAUUAUGUCCUUAUGACCUUUUUGGUGUAUGCAGAGAUAAAGAAUGUCCUUACAGUCAUUGCUCUUGACACAUGGAAAUGAUGUUCCAGAGUUCUAAGUAAUUAUCUGUAUCCUUGUGUAUAUUUUUAAUUACUUUUUUUAAGCCCUUUAAUUAUACUGUAAAUGCUCGUGUUUUUUUAUAUUCGACAUUUAGUACAAAAUCAUGCCAUAAAGUAUAAUUUAUCCAUAUUAAAGUGUAAAUGAUUGUAAAUAGCAUGUAUAAAAUAUUAAUUUUGUACUGAUAAUAUAAUGUAAUAUUUUUGUUAAUAAAGCUUCGUCAACGCUU